GGGCCAUCACAAAUGUGUGCACUGAUGCUUUGAUCUCAGUCAUUCAUUUGGCCUUUUUUUCUCCCAUCCCCUUCUGUUGGAUUUUUUUAUUUUUAUUUUAUUAUUUUUCUUGUUUUCUUUCUUUUUUUUAACAUCAGUUUGGAGCACGGGAGGUUGGAUUACUGAAAUUGAAUAAACGGAUUUGUGGAAAUGUUGGGUCCUCAAGAAGACAAAUUAUGUGGAAUUGUUUCUGCUCUGGCGGCCUUGUCCUUUGUCUGCUUUGCACAAAGCACCUCCACCGGAAGUACCGGAAUAUCUGUGGCCAAGACGACAGUGGACAAAUUGCUGAAGGGGUAUGACAUCCGCCUUCGGCCAGACUUCGGAGGUCCUCCAGUCAUUGUGGGAAUGAGUAUAAAUAUUGCCAGUAUUGACUCCAUCUCAGAAGUCAACAUGAGGCACAAAAUAACCACUACAGCAGCCUGCAUGAUGGACCUGAGACGGUACCCCCUCGAUGAACAGAACUGCACCCUAGAGAUUGAGAGUUAUGGGUACACCACAGAUGAUAUCGUGUUCUUCUGGCAAGGAGGGGACAAUGCUGUGACAGGUGUCGACAAACUGGAAUUGCCUCAGUUCUCCAUUGUGGAGCUACGUCUUGUGUCCAGAGAAGUGAGGUUUACUACAGGUUCAUACCCUCGGCUGUCGUUGAGUUUCCGCAUCAAGAGAAACAUCGGCUACUUUAUCCUGCAGACUUACAUGCCCUCCAUUCUGAUCACAAUCUUGUCCUGGGUCUCCUUCUGGAUUAACUAUGAUGCCUCUGCUGCUCGUGUGGCCCUGGGUGUAACCACGGUGCUCACUAUGACAACCAUCAACACCCACCUGAGGGAGACCCUCCCAAAGAUCCCCUAUGUGAAAGCCAUCGAUGUCUACCUCAUGGGCUGCUUCGUCUUUGUUUUCCUGGCCCUGCUUGAAUAUGCCUUCGUAAACUACGUGUUCUUUGGAAGGGGACCCCAGCAGCAGAAAAAGAUCAACGAAAGGCUAAACAAAGCCAACAACGAGCGUCCCCGCUAUGAGGAGAAGCGUCUAAGGGAACAGGACUCCAUUUCAGCGCCGUUUCAAAGCAACACCCUCAGGUCAUAUACACAGAGAAGAAAUCUGUAUCUCGAGGAACAAAGAAAAGUCGGGGUGGAUGCUUAUGGAAACAUUCUUCUCACCACUUUGGAGAUGAACAAUGAGGUGAUGCCGUCCGACGUUGGCAGCAGCGUCAGUGACUCACGGAACUCCGUCAUGUCCUUUGACAGCUCCGGAGUGCAGUUCCGCAAGCCCAUGGCUUCACGGGAUGGGUUCACCCACCACUCGUUGGACCGCAGCGCCAUGCGCAGUCGUGCCAACUGCCGGCUGAGAAGGCGCUCGUCCAAGCUGAAGCUCAAAAUCCCCAACUUGGCGGAUGUUAGCACCAUUGACAAGUGGUCCCGGGUCAUUUUUCCUAUCACUUUUGGAUUCUUCAACCUUAUCUAUUGGUUGUAUUAUGUGAAUUGAUAUGCGUUCCCCUAGGAAACAUGGGCCAUAUUUUGAGAGCACAUUGAAUUGGCUUUGAUACAAUUGGAAAAUAUGUGUACACAUAUAUGAAAAGUU